UUAAUCCAAGUAUCAAACUUCUCCUCCCCUCCACUUCCAACAUCUCUCUCUCUCUCUCUCUCUCUCGUGUGCCCGCUAUCAUGAACCAAUCGCCGCCGAAGGGGAGCAAGGGGAUGGCGAUGUUCGCGACGGCGCCCCGACCACCAGCGCUGGCGAGGAACGGCUCCGCGCCGGGGUCGCUCCUCACCGGCAUCGCCGACUCCGUCGGCGGCGGCCGGGGGGAGUUCCAGAUGGGGAGGUUAUUCUCCCUCGGGUCGCCGUGUCUGACGUCGGAGUCGACCUGCAAGGCCGGCGCCGCCACCUCCUCGCCGAAUCCCCCCCCCUACCGGAACAACGACGGUGGCGGCGUGGGGUCCGGGCUGCCGCGGUCCUACGGCGUGGGAGAGAUCUCAGUCGGCGACCUGCCACCGGCGCCGGCUGCGGUGGAGGGGAAUUCCAGGGGCGGUGGGAAUCCGUUGACUCGGCACAGCAGCUCCCCCGCCGGAUUCUUAUCUCAUCUUAUGGUCGACAACGGUUUUUCAGUUACAGGGGACACUGGGAGCUAUUCUCAACAAGGAACAGAUGGUGUUUAUGCCAUGGGAAGCAGAGGAUUGAGUUCCCAAUUGAGCUUUUUUAGACAGAGAACUUUGUCUCAAAUCUCUGAGAUCAGCAUCCCAGACACUGGAGAGAGUGUUAGUGGCAGCAACAACUCCAAUGAGACAUCUAGGAAUGUUGGGCAGUCAUACAUUUCAAGCAAUUUUUCUAUUGGCUCAUGGGAUGAUAUGAAUUCUAUCAUGUUCUCUGCACCUCCAAACAAACAGGCCAAAAAUCACGAUGGGGAUGUAAUAACCAGACAUAGCAGCAUUGAAUCUCAGUUUAGUCUGCCGACAACAUCACUAGAGUUCCUCCAGAUCCAACAAGACCAGGUUCCAUUCAAAGCACGAGCUAAGCGUGGAUGCGCCACACACCCACGGAGCAUUGCCGAAAGGGAGAGGAGAACAAGAAUUAGUGACAGGCUGAAAAAGCUACAAGAACUUGUGCCUAAUAUGGACGAGCAAACGAACACAGCAGACAUGUUAGACUUGGCAUUUCAGCACAUCAAGUCACUGCAGAGCCAAGUUCAGAUUCUUACCCAAGAACGCGAAAACUGCAUAUGUGCAAGCAAGCAAGAGAAUUGAAACACCAAAGGUGUCUAUGUAUAUAAGUAUUUUUGGUGGUUGUCACUUGUCAGAUGACAAGGAGGUAUUAGCAUUAUUGAGAACUUCCCAUUUGUGUAUUACUUCUUGGCAGCCCAAUAGGCAAUUUGUAACUUCCAAAAAGUUCUGGCUUUUGGAAUCAUAUGGAUUGUUAAAGGGAUUUUGGGAAAAAAACAGUCCUCCUCACGCAAAGAAGUUCAGGUUCCAGUAAUCUAAUAUUUCAUAUUCUAUUGAAGUUUU